GUCCCUCCAGUUCCCGUUUGGAGCAGCGUUUUCAGUUACACACCGUUCUUAAUAAAUAUUAUUUGUUAUUUACUUACCUUCGUUUCCGUCUGUGAUUCUUUCAUGUCCUGGGUAAAACAUAUUCCCAACAUGACAGAAUCAACUGGCCAAAAGUCCACCCCAUGGACGAAUCAUUUCUGCCAGCCGUCACUAACAAUCUAGCCAAACAUGAGAGAUCCAUACAAGCGUCCUUGACCAAUUGUCCUCCACUAAUCGGUGCCUGUUCCAGCUUGACUCCACGCUUCGCCAGAUGAAUGACGCGUUCAGAACUACACCUCCGUCUACCGCUACUUCCGCAGCCCCAUCACAGUCAUCACUUCCGGUUCCUCCGCCUGGGUUUGGCUUCCGGGUCGCCGAAUCUCCACAACCCAACACCUUUUCCAGCGAACCAGGUAAAUGCAGUAGUUUUUUAUUAUUAUGUCAGAGACUCCCCAGAGACUUUUAUUAACGAUACGGUUAAAAUUUUGUUUAUUGUUGGCUUGCUCAGGGGUAAGGCCUUGCAGUGGGCUGAGGCCAAGAGCCGCCAGCCCAACUUCCUACGCGGCUCCCUCUCAGAUUUUUUAAGCGAGUUGAAGCAGCUGUUCGAUUUCACUGAAUCCCCGGCAGAGUUAGCAAAACAUAUCUGGAACCUGCAACAGGGUAAACAAACAGUUACAGAAUUUGCUAUUGAAUUCCGAACCCUCGCUUCAGUUUCCACCCUAGACGAGGCCUCCCUUAAAGCCGCCUUCUCUCAGGCCUUAACCGAGCGCAUCAAGGAUCAGUUAGCCUAUUGUCUGGAACCAGAGAACCUUGAGGCCCUUAUCAUCCUGGCCACAACAUCAAGAAGCGUCUUAAGGAAAGACAUAGAACCAACUUGUUCAGACCUCCGCCGGUUACAGUUCAACAUCAACGUGUCAACCAAACACCACAACAAGCCUCCCAUCCUACAGGACCAGAGGAACCGAUGCAGAUCGGAAGAGCCCAACUGUCUCCUGAGGAGAAGCAGAGACGUCGCUCCUCUGGUUUGUGUCUGUAUUGUGGUCAGUCUGGCCAUUUUGUCCCGACCUGUCCGGUUCGGCCAAAAGCCACCGCCCACCAGUAGAACUGGGAUUACUGGUGGGUGGAAAUGCAAGUAGCCCAAACUCCCAAUGUGCUUUAUCCUGCUCGGUCACCUUCAACCAAAAGACUUUUUCUGCAGAUGCCUUGUUGGACUCAGGCUGUGAGAGGAACAUUUUGGAUCUAACGGUGGUACAGCAACUCAACAUCUCCACUGUCCUACUCUCUUCACCUAUAAAGGCCUCCUCACUGGACGGGAGCUCGCUCACCACCAUAACCCAUCGUACAGUUCCGGUACAUCUGUUGGUUUCUGGAAAUCGCCAUGAAGUGUUGAGUUUUUUCGUGUUUCCUUCUCCACAGUCUCCUGCAGUCCUGGGCCAUGAAUGGUUGGUCAAUCAUAAUCCCCACCUUGAUUGGAGGACAGGGUCGAUCGCUGCCUGGAGCCCCUUUUGCUUGUCCCACUGCCUCCUCUCAGCUCCACUUCCCGUCGGAGAACCCAGGAGUCAGACACAAGAGCCACCCAAUUUGAUGGAAGUCCCCUCAGAGUACCGUGACCUCCAGCAGGUAUUUAGCAAGGACCGUGCGUCCUCAUUGCCUCUUCACCGACCUUAUGAAUGUUGAAUCGAUCUUGUUCCUGAUGCAGUUUUACCCUCAAGCCGCCUAUACAACCUGUUCAAACCAGAACAAGAAAGUAUGCUAAAUACAUUUCUGAGUCCCUGUCUGCAGGUAUUAUAAGGCCUUCCACGUCCCCCCUGGGUGCGGGGUUCUUUUUUGUGUCAAAGAAGGAUGGAUCCCUGUCUCCCUAUAUCGGCUAUCGAGGACUGAACCAGAUCACUAUCAAAAACAAGUACCCUCUACCUCUGCUUUCCUCUACUUUCGACCCUGUUAACAAUGCCUGUCUUUACCAAGUUGGACCUGCGCAACGCUUACCACCUCGUGAGAAUCCGGGACGGGGACAAAUGGAAAACGGCUUUCAAGACCCCUCUUGGACAUUACGAAUACCUGGUCAUGCCGUUUGGACUCACUAAUGCCCCCGCAGUCUUCCAGUCUCUGGUGAACUCUGUCCUGGGUGACUACAGAAACAAAUUUGUCACGGUUUAUUUGGAUGAUAUAUUGAUUUUUUCCAGGUCCCUCACAGAACACCGCCAACAUGUCCGAGCUGUGCUUCAACGACUCCUCGAAAAUCGCCAGUAUGUCAAAGCCAAAAAAUUUGAGUUUCACAUCUCGUCCGUCAAGUUCUUAGGCUUUGUCCUGGAGAGUGGUCGGCUGAAGACAGACCCUGAUAAGAUCGAGGCAGUUCGGACAUGGCCAACCCCUGAAAUAUAGGCCGACCACACCCUCAAGACCAGUUUCACCCAGGCACCCAUUCUCACACGCCCAGACACCUCUCUGCAGUUCACCCUAGAGGUUGACGCAUCCGAUACUGGAGUGGGUGCUGUACUCUCCCAAGUCUCCCCCACAGAUCACCGCCUCCAUCCAUGCACCUUUUUCUCCCGUCGUCUUUCGUCUGCAGAGCAGAAUUACGACGUGGGAGACCGGGAACUUCUGGACAUCAAGCUGGCUUUGGAGGAGUGACGUCACUGGCUGGAGGGUGCAGAACUUCCAAUAGUAAUCUGGACAGAUCACAAGAAUCUCGCAUAUUUAAAGGAGGCUAAAAGACUAAAUCCUCGUCAGUCCCGCUGGUUGUUAUUUUUCUCCCGAUUCACCUUUGUUAUCUCUUUCAGACCUGGCUCCAAGAAUGCCAAACCCGAUGCAGUAUGCUUCUGACAAAGACACCAAACCCACUACCAUCCUACCAGCCUUCUGCAUUGUCGGCUCUAUAGCUUGGGACAUCACCAAUAAGGUACUGGAAGCCCAACGUUUGGAACCAGACCCAGCUCAACCUAUCCAGCUGUGACUGCGCGGUGUUGAAGGUAUAUGAUGCAUUCUCAACUUGAAGUGUCCCCCAGCCAGCAUAUUCCAAUACUUGCAAAUAUCCAGCGGAGGAUCACCAUGGGAGAGCAGAGAAAGGCCAUCAGCCCAAGAUCAAAGACUCAGAAUUGCUGCACAAAAGUAUACGUGCAGGACGAAGAGGUCUGGGACUCAGAUGAGUAUAACAGUGGAGGUGAUAAUGAAUACAUGUGGCCUGAGGAGAAAGCCAGUGAGGAAAAUGACGUCUUUAGGCCAACUUUUGCUGAACCACAGUCAGGAUGUCCUCUCUCACCAAAGCUGCAGAAACAGCCUCCACCGUGAGCUCCUGAUGGUCCCAGAGGUAACAGAAACACUCAGACGAGUCACCGUGCACACAGAAAUUAAGAUGAAAACAAAAACGUGACUGAUUUUCCUGUUCAGAGCUGUGCAGAUGGGAUAUAGGCUGUUAUUGUUUCAUACUGAAGUAAAACAGUAAUGCUGUUUACUAAAACCCAACAAGGACACUUUCUCCUCAAAGAUCUUACAAAUCCUCCGGUGAAAGUAUGUUUUCUGACUUUACAAAUGUGUUCAUCUUUUAAUUUGGAACACUAAAUGAUUUUAUCUCUAAUAAAAUCACUUAUUCCAAAUACUAGCUUCCGCCGCUAAUGUAUAAAACGUACACAGCCAGGGCACCUUUGCCCUUUACACACAAACUUUUAACAAUGAAUCAUUCCUUUUUAUUUUGUGCCAUUGGGAUACAAACACGGCCAACAAUCAAUAUGUCCACAAGAGGGCAGCAGUGAUCCAUCCCUGAGGACAUCGUCUCAGCCUGGAGCCUUCAUCUACCUUUCUGAAUAAAAUGUAACCUCCUCAUCAUCA